UAUAUUUUUUUCAAAAUUAAUCUGUAUCGCGGGCUCGCUGCGUUAAGUUUGUAUAUACGUGUAGUGACGUAGGCUACCUACAACCUAAAAUCGCGCAGAUAUGCCAGCGGAGAAACGUCAUAUGUCACGUGACCGCUCGCUGCCAUUUUCAAUGAAAACCCGAUUACGUUCUUGUAUUAGUCACGACCCUUUUUACUCCACACACAGAACAGGGGACUGACAGAGUUAUUCGACACUCACAACGCGUGGCCUUCAUUUUUUUAGGUUAUUGUGCUGAAAUGGACUACCGGGAUAUAUUAAGUGACACAAUUAUUGGAUCCGUUUUCGAGGAACAACGGUCUAGUCUCGUACCGUGAUCUAUGUGAAAAGGACCCAGCAAAACCACUGUAACAUCGUGUUUACCACUUCUCUGCAUACGCGCCAGGCGAAUUAAACUACAAAAUUAUAAUUCGUCCUGAUGUGUCGGUGGUGUACCCGAGGGGAGUAACCAUGUCCAGGGAAUAAUCAUAUCGGUGUGUGCGAUAUUACGGGGAUAUUUACUCUGUCGUCUGCUACGGAUCAGCCUUAACGAGCUUCGGCUCGUGCGAGCUGCAAGCAAAGCUCUACAAAAUGGCGACGUUGGCAGAUGCCUGCGUUGAAGUUACCUCAACUGACCCUCCGUCAGCUCCCAGCACCCCUCAACAUUCGAGCUCUGCGAGCUCGUCCCCUGUGUCAAUCAAAUCCCUACCCCAGGGACCCAAAUACAAACUGGUCUCCGAGGGCGACAUCCAAGUGUGUCGUCUGAAUCACACACGGACGAUUGUAAGCAAAAUCAUGAACUCUAAAUAUCUGCGGCGGUGGGAGAGUCAUCAUAUUGUUCUAGAUCACGGAGAAAUUCGCUCUGCAACGCCUUACGGCUUCAUGGAACUAGGAGUACCAUAUUCCGGAAUAGAAGAUGUGCACAUAAUAUCUCGAUGGGAUGCUGGACAGAAAUUCUGUAUACGGAUUACCAUACAAGAUGGAUCUUUAUUACUACAGGCCCACAAUGGCUACCUGAGGGAUCAGUGGUUGUACUCUAUUCAGUGGAAGAAACACAUGUACAAAUAUGAAAAACUGUUAAAGAAUGCUCGAAGACCUGAAGUUUUAGUAAAAGAAAUAAAGAGUAUGAUAGAUGUGUCGCUGACAACCCCCAUACAAGAUGUCUCCGUGUACCAGUUUCCCCUGGACUUGGUGUCCGAGUUACUACAACAGGUAUGUAAGAAUUCAGACGUCAUCACCAAAGUUGCUCAUGAAAAUAUUAUAGUAGCAUUGGCGCCUCUUCUUGAAAACAAUCAUCCCACACAAGAAAUCUGUGAUUUUUUCAGCAAGCACUGUAAAAACAGUCCCCGGUCUAGCAUAGUGAUAGAGCUGUUCACCCCUGUGGUUCAAAGGAUAUUAAAACACAAUAUGGAUUUUGGAAAGAAUCCCCAGAUGCGAUUUUUUGUUCAGGAAUAUAUCCAAGCCUUGAACUGUCAGAAUGAUGGCAUACGGGUAGUGCAGAACUUCGUCAGGAGUAUGCACGGACCCUCCCAUACAUGUCCGCACCCAAGGGUGUUGCCAAACCUAGUUGCUGUCUGCCUGGCUGCCAUCUACAACCUGUACGAGGAGAAGAGCAAUGCUAUGCAUAACAACAUUGAUGUCAUCUUUGAAGAAAAUGACUGGUCAGAAAAGCUCCUCUGCUACAUCUCCAUGCUUGAGACUAUGUCUGAGUAUGACGAUUGGCGGUAUGUACUUGGCAGCUUAUUACAACCAAUCCCCUUCCCAGAUGAUGCAAUAGCCCAUGAGGUGUUCACAUCGCACAUGAAAUCAGUGAUCAGGAAUGUUGCAUCUGAUGAGAACUGCGAUGUUCACCAGACAGUGCUUGCAAUCCGAGAAGGGAAGGAGGGCUGGUUCCACCUGUAUUGCCCCGGGGGCAUUGCAUGUGAUGACGAGGGAGACCUCUGGGGGGUCAUGCUGCGGACAUUGAUCAGGUGUUGUUGCAAGAGGAAGAAGUUCCUGCAGGGGAUGACCAAGAUGAUUGAGCCAGUUAUGCUCCUUGCCAUCAGGGACAAUGUUGCAGCCAUGGAGGUGCUGUGUUCCAUGCUUGAGCUGGAGGUGAUAUCCAGCCAGGAUCUGAAGAUGCAGAUGAUCACCACGUUACAGAGCACCACGGAUGGCAAGCGGAUGUAUGCAGCGCUCUGCGAGAGACAGAUCGCCCUCAGGGAACUGCAACAAAAAGGUGGUCCAAAGAAACUGACUCUCCCCUCCAAAUCAACGGAUGCUGAUUUGACGAAGAUGCUUAGUUCUGGGUCCUUUGGGAAUCUAGAAUGUCUCAGUCUUGCCUUUACACAAGUCACUAGCUCCUGUGCUCAUGAACUCAUCAAGUUGCCUUCGCUCCGAUACCUGAAUCUCUGGUCCACACAGUUUGGUGACGUGGGUCUGCAGUUGAUCUCGGAGCACCUUCACAAGCUGCAGGUGUUGAACCUGUGUGAGACCCCGGUCACUGAUAAGGGACUUGUUUCAUUGUCAGCAUUGAAGAACUUACGGAAACUUAAUUUAAAUAGCACAAGCCUUUCAGCUCUAACCUUUGAAGGAUUGAAGGAGAAGUUGCCAGCACUACAGGAGUGUGAUGUACGGUACACGGAUGCCUGGUGACUAUAGGAACCCACCACUUCCUGAACUGUUGCUAAUAAAGUCAGCAAUCUCCCUCAACCGACAACUGGAGGACUAGUCCUAGCCUUGUUUGUGCCUACUGAGGAUUGGUAACAGAGACAAACAUGACCGUCUGCUCACUGGCAGACGGCAGACUGCUAUCCUUUAUGACAGCAGUCCUACAGAUGUGUCAAGAUUUGGUGCAUUGUAGUUCACUGUCAUCUCAGUAUGAGUAUUGACGACAGCUUAAUCAGGAGCUGGUCAGUGAAAUCACUUCAUCUUCAUGCAAGCUGAAUGGCGUUUAAAAAACCAAUAGGAAACAGCUGUUUCUGCUUCUGCAUUAACACUGGAUGUGAGUGUAUGAUUAAUGCUUCUGUCAAUAACAGAUUUGAUUGGUACAGCAACAGAAUCAUUUAGAGAAUUGAUAAUAAGCAAAAGAAGGAUGGAAGCUAGUCAAAGCCAGCAUCCUUUGAUUCAGCAUUGCAAGCAAAAACAAUGAAUGGCAAAGCCAUGUGUGCUUGUUUGGACCUAUUUCCGCACAAGAAGUAUAAUGGAGAAAGGAUUUGAUUGUGCACUUGCUGUGAAAACAGAGUGUAUACUGUUCUAUAGUUGUCUCCUAAUUGUCUGUGCUCCUGUCCAAACUCUGUGUGCAGUAUGUCAUCUUCAUGUGUUCAUCUGGUCAGCUGAUUGUGUACAUAGAGUGUCAUAUAUUUUGUAACAGCUGAAAUUGUGGGAUAUUUUAUGCGACAUUUUGAUGACCCAAGGGAGGACAAGGUCAGUGUAGUGACAUCUGUUGGAUGAAUCUGAAAUGAGAUGGAUUCCUUCCCUUAGUGUUCACAAAUUCUGCCUGUAGAGGGCAGCACUGCAGUGUUGGUAGAUCGUGGCAAUGGAAAUAAGCAGUGUAGAUUUCAACAUUGUAGAAUAACAUGUUCUAAAAUGUUCAGGUCACUGUUGAAGAUGAUUGAACCGACUUUCCUUGAUCCCCUACAGUACAGCAUCUUUCCAGUAAUGGUAGCUUAUGAUGUUUUACUGUCCUAGACCUUGGACGGGAAAUCAACCCACAGAUUCAGUAUUGACUUUACUAACUAUUUUGCUGUUUUUUUCUACUGAUCUUGACUCUCAUAAUACGGUCAUUCCAGAGUUUCUGGAAAAAUGGACAAUAAUUCAUUGUAUAAUUCCAGUAGCCUUAUGGGACCUCCCAGUGUAACACUCCCACAGUCUAAUUAAUCAAAUUGAUAGCGUGUGAGGGUGGGCCCAUGUAUGUUUAUAUGAGAGACUUAGCAUUACACCAGAAGUCGGUUUGCAGUCCAGUGAUAUUGUUCCAAAAGCGGAAUGCUUUUCGAUUGCUGACGAGACACAGCAUAGUCAGCAGGGUUUGAAAUAACCAAAAUUUCAACACAUAAGGUGACACACCCUCAAGAUGAUAAAACAGAAGGUAUUAUUACAAAGCCGUGAGGCAGCCAUACUUAUUACAGCUCUGUGUAGAUAUUUAUGGCUUGUCAUUGUUACUAUGGUAACGCGAGUUGCUGUUACCAUGGAAACAUGAGUCGUUGCCAUGGUUAUGUGACUUCAGAACUGAGUGCCCAAUGUGAGAAAGGAAGAAGGAAGGAGAUGAGAAAAAGAGAAACUUUGUAUUUUUUACCAGAAGAUUCUUGAAUUAGAAGAUUGAGGAAUAAAUGAAAUGUCUUAUCUUUUUAAGUGGAUGUGGUGUGUUUGCUAUGUUAUUGGAUGAUUGUGAAAACUUUGUGUGAAUUGCAUAAGUCUGGCUUUAAUUUUGCCAAUUUUGAAUUUUCGCCAUUUUAUACUGUAGUAUUUUGGUGCAUCAGACUGUACCCAUAUCUGUGAUUUAUGUAUUAAUUAUAAUUAUCAAUUGUUUAAAAUGUUCAUAUGAUUCAUACAUGUGAGUUGUGAUGUGUAGCAUUUGUCAGGACAUUCCAGAAUUUGCAAGCCAUGAUGUACAGUGCACCAUGUAUUUUGUGCUGGACAGCCAUGUUAGUUCCUACUGGUCAGAAUGAUCUAACCACAAUGCACUGUGUUGUCAUGGCAACUUGAUACCUGCCAUCUGCAGGAGCUGUCCAGGGAGAAAUCUUGUAUUAACCAACAUUGCAGCAUGGUGCAGAACAAGGUGUUUGUGGCACUGAUUAGAAUAAAACUGUAACAGGGUUGGAAAUGGAAAUAGUUGGUAUUGAAAUAGGGAAUUUUAAAAAUACCUCCUGACACUAUGAAAUACAGUGAUUGAUUUAUUUAGGUUACAUUUUGUUUAGGCUUCAGGAUUGGCUACAGUUACUUUUCAGUAUCAAAACAAGGUUAUUUAAACCAAGGGACCGGUAAUUUAUUAUGGGGGAUGGGGGCUGUGGGCGUGUUCAGAGAUUUUUGAUAAGCUAAUGAUCUGAAAAUAUUAACCCUCACAUAAUUCUUGUCAUACUUUUGGAUGACCCUCACCAUGUCCUUGCACAUAUUUUCCAGUACCCUCCCUGAAAAGACAACAUGAAAAAGCACUUUAUAUCAUAUUGUAAAAUUUUCUCAUCACACCCCCCCUAUAAUAAAUGACUGGUCCCUAACUCCUGAUUUGAUUUUGCAAUAAAUAUUUAAGCUUUCAUCAGGAAAGGAAUGGGAUUGAUAGAAAGUGUAGCUACAUGAUGUCAAUUGGUUCCUAGUUAAAUAAUAUAGGAAUACAUAAACUGGACAUUGUUUGCAGUAAUUAAACAUGUUGAUACAUCAACUGGAAAUAAGAUAGGUUGGUCUAGGUAGGUGUUUGUGUCUUCGCUUAUCAUGCUCAACACUUAAUCUCCUUUUCCCACAAGGGUACAGCAUUGUUAAGCCAUUUCUAGAUAAUCCUGCCUUGAUGUUGUUGAAAUAUUGUGAAAAGUUGCAUCAACUUGGUGGUCUAGGUCUUGAUAUUGCUGCAAUGCUGCUGACAGCUUUGCGAGAAUAUUCUUAUCGGAAGACAGUAUGAUAUGCAAGUCCAGCAUUAUUAGAGGGUUAGUUACAGAAGGCAUGAAAACAUCUGCAGACAUUGUAUUGUGCCUGAUCAGUAGGAACUGGAAGAGAUCGCAUUUGUGGAAAGUGUGCAGCUUGCUUUGCAGUGUCAUGUUGUCAGCCAUUAGUCACUCGUGAAUUUGAUUCAUUUGUUGUUUUUUUCUAAAGUCUUUGUUUCUGACAGGUGCUGUGUUUAGUGAAAGAGAUACAGAGUUCUUGGCAUGAUCGAAUGAAAGUUUUGCAUUUGUCCCUUUCUUAACAUAAUAUAACUUUUGAUGGAGGGUUUCUGCCCCUAGCAACCAGGAAGCUUACUGAUGCUGAACAGUUACUGAAAAUGUCUUUUUCCAUACAUAUAUGCUCGGCCAAGAGGCAAGACUGUCACUGCAAUUGCCACAUCUAUACUACUCAAAGAAGUUUAGGACCACCCAAUUCUUUCACAUUACUAUAGUUAAUAUGAAAAAAUGGAGUGGUCCUUAAAUUUAUAGUACAUAGUUGGGGAAAUCAUCUUCAGCCAACUAUGGAUACAAUUUAACAUGCUUCCUAAAAAAUCUGCUUGUUGUUUUUCUACAUUUUCUUUUCACUAAGCAGUCUUUAUAAACCACUACUCUUUGAUAACAAUUUGGUUAACUAUUUUUAUUUAUUUGGGGUAGCCUAGUGGUUAGAUCAUUUGCUGCCCAUGCCAAAGACCUGGGUUCAAGUCCCCCCAGUGUGUUAUUGCUGGGUAUUGCCCAGCAGCAGUAAACCAAACUAAUCCCAACAGGCUAUAUCUUUCUUUAUCUGGAGCUGUUGAUGCACUCACCAAAAUGAUUACUUGUUCUUAGUGUGUUCUCCAGCCUGUACUGUUUUGUUCAAUGAUCAUAUACUUUUAUGUUAACAGAGUACAGAUUGUCUGUAGCAACAACAUGAUGAGGUAUUAGUUUGUGUAAUUUUUGUUUUGACAGUGCUGUUCAGAUUCAGUAUUUGAUUACAGGGUUGCUUGUUAAUUGUGGCUCAUGUAAGAAACGUAGCAGGCAGUGCCAUCAGGGUGUGACCCCAGGCAGAUCAGUGUUCAUGUACGACAUUGGAAGUAAUCUUAUUCUCUUCCCACUCUUCCAAGAUGUCAAAAUCAUAUUCCAAGUUGAACAAGAGGGUACUGAACGCUAUUUAUCAGGAACUGACAUUUCAUUGCCAAUUACCUUUGGCUAUGAGACAAUUUGUUCCUGAAAUAAAAAAAAUAAAAUUUGUUGGCUCCAUUUAUACCCCCCAAAAGAACAAAAAAUAACAGAAAUCUUCAUAAAUGCUGAUAAAAGUGCCUGGUCAGGUAAAAAUGAAUAGAAAAAAAUAAUAACGGAGGGUCUGUGAGGAUAGAAAGAAUGAAAUGGUCUGUUCCUUGCAGAUGUGCUGUGGUACAGAAUCCACUCACUGCUUUUUGGGAUGUUUGCAUGUAAAAGUUUGUUCAGUGCACACUGACUUUGAAAUCCUGAUGAUCAGGGAUAAUAUGAUGAAUGUCAUGUCCGUGGGCAAGAAUAUUCAUACACAGAAAAUAUUAAAAGAAAUGGACCCUACUUUGAUGUUUAGGAUAAAACAUGAAAGCUGUUUCUGCUGUGUGCAAUUUUACAGAUCAUGUAUUUGAUGGGGCGGUUGGGUAGCCUUGUGUUUAAAGCGUUUUCUCGUCACGCCGAAGACCCGGGUCCGAUUCCCGACAUGGGUACAAUGUGUGAAGCCCAUUUCUGGUGUCCCCAGCCGUGAUAUUGCUGGAAUAUUGCUUAAAGCGGCGUAAAACCAUACCUACUCACUCACUCAUGUAUUUGACUGACCCGAAAAUGUCAGCUGAAGUAUUGGCCUAUCUUCCAUAAAAAGGCACAAAGUGAUAAAAUUUCCAAGGGUUACAAACCUUAGUGACUGACAAAAAACCCUGCUCACUGACUCUAUCAAUUAUGGGGCCCUGUUCAGUACCGACCAUCAAGGAUUGCUUUCAUUGUUUAUACCAGACCAGUUUAAUUUCAGUUUCAGGGAUUAUUUGGUCAAUAUGACAAGUGGAAGGAAAAAAUUGAAAUGUUUCUGUUCAUUUGAGGUUAAAUUGUUCGAGAGGCAUUACUUAGAAGUUGACUGAAGACAUAGUAGAGAUAAUUUAUUGAUAAUGACUUCUUUAUUUUCAUUAAAAGCGACAUUUCGGUAUAGAUCCUUAUACUGUUGUCAGCCUUGCCUUCAAAGUAAAUAUAAAAAGUUGUUAUCCAUAAAUUAUCUCUACCGCGGUACUUUGAUUUGAGGUAAAUUUCCUUUUUUAAAAGAUUUAGCAAAAUUUCAGGUCAUGACAGUGUUUAAUAACUCAUUUCAUAUCAAACACAGCAUUAUAUUAUCAUAAUUUUUAUACUUUAUUUGGUGGUCUGGUAAACAAGAAAAUGAAUUGAUCUGGUUUAAAUUGAGAGAAUAGCAAUUGCAGCAUCACAAGAUGUGAUUGUUUUUGGACUCAUUAGUGACAACAGGAACAGUUAACAUUAAACAGAAAGUUCAACAGACAAGACAGCUGUUAGAGGAGUCGUACUCUUUGGUUUGUUAGAUAUUUGAAAGUUGGUUGGUUUGUAAAUCUUUUUUAUUUCGUUUGUUAUAUGUUUGACAAAACCGUAUUACUGUUGUGUUGUUGCAGUCUGUAAUUGUUCCAUGAUUGUUUUAUUAUGAUUUUAGUUGAUUUAUUAUGAAGUAUAUGAAAAAAUAACCAGUUUUUAAGUCAUUUGAUUAUUCAUGUGAAAGAAGUGCUCAGAAAAGAACCAGUCAGAUUUUUGUCAGUAGAUAGCCAUGCUGGCAUCCUGAAUUAAUGGUUAUUGUUUUUAGUCAUGGAGGGACUAAUUUGUAUGACACCCUUUUAUAAAUUUAAGGCCUGUUGACUGAAUUCUGAUCAAUAUCAAUGCAAAAACACUGACAGUUAUAGCAUAUUCACUGUUACACUUUACCCUUUCUACAAUGUCUUAGUCUUAGCCUUUGUUACCAUGGUUACCAGUAUCCUCAGCUGUGCAGCUUUAAGUGUGAAACUCUGUGAUUUUAGCUGAUUAAUAGUGCUACUAAGUUAUGUGCCAUGAAAGAGUGUAUAAGCCUCAGUGCUGUGUGAGUUGAUGUGGUCGUCCAUGAUGCCAGUAGUACCAAGUGUGAGUGGAGUUACGUAGAAUAGCAACCUCCAGGUAGGAUUUGAUUGUUGUUUGACACUGCAGUCAACAGUAUUCCAACUCUGUGAUGGCAUCCUGAAAAUAAUCAUGUCUGGGCCAUACAAAUCUAUUAACAAUGAUCCUCGCCAUUGGGGUACAAGAUCUAACCAAGUCACCGAGCCUGACAACCGUUUAGUCGCCUUUUACAUGCUUAUGUCACUGGGAUCUAUUCGAACCUUGAAUCCGUGUGGGGAUUAAAAUAUGAUCCAGUAAUGCAUAAACUGGCUGAAUUUAUGUUGUCGUUCCUGGAUAUUAUGGAUUGUGCUAAUACUAUCAACAAUUGCUUAUUGAAUGAAGGAAAGCAAUAUUAUUCUUCGUAUCUAAUUUCAACCUCAUAAUGACAAUAUCGUAAUUUCCUUCAAAAGUAAACUCUAUCAAUCUAUGCUUCUUGUAAGAGACGAUUGGAUGGUCAGACUUGGUUACUUGGUAGAUUGCAUGUCAUUGUAUCCUAAAUGCGUGGAUUGAUGUACAUGUGUCAAUCACUGGUUUGUCAGGUCCAGAUUUGAUUGUUUACAGACUGCCAUAAUAUAGCUGGAAUAUUGUUCGUACAGUGUUAAACUACAAACAAACAAAAGUGAAUGUAUCCAUGUUCAUUCAGAAAAUUGUGUAUUUCAUUAUAAAAAAAAGGAAUGUGUCAAACACGGAAAAUAUGUAAAAUCACAUUGAUAUUUUUCGUUUGAUGAUGGAAGUGUGAACCAAUAAAUUAAGACAAGAAUGGCCAGGUUUAGGUUAAGUGUCUAUUUCUGGACCUUGAAGUGAAAAACUAUUCCAGAUGUAAGUCUAUUGAAUAACUGAUUAUCAUUGUAAUAGUCUCUGGCAUAAUGGAGAGUAACAUGACUAUUUUUGAAAGGUACUUGAUGUUGUUGUAGACCUGGCAUUUACUGGUUGAAGGAUGUCGGGGGGCCGUGUUGUCAAAUGUGCAUUUAUUUGUUUUCUGUAUUUUUGGUGUAUUGCAUAAAUUCCCCAUUGAUGAAGCUGGCCUUCAAUAUCCUGUAUUGUGAGAUCUGAUUUAGUGGGUCCAGUAGCACCAUUCCUGCAUGGUGGUGCUCGUGGACUCACUUCCUCUGAGGGGGCAUCUCAAAACUUCUCUAGCUCAUGUAUGUUAUGUACAAAUAUGAAUAGUUUGGUUUGUACAUGUUUGUAUUCAUAUUAGACUGGUCUUUAUUUACCUCAUUACAGUGUAUGCUGAGAAAUAUCUGAAUGCUCUGGUAUUUUGUUCUGACACUGAACAGUCUUUAUGUAUUAUUUUAUCAGCAUAGUCAGUUGUCUUUUAAUGUUCAAGAAUGUUUAUCUUGAAAAUCAAAUUUCUGCUUGGUCCUUGUAGACAAUUCAAGAUUUGGUAGUAUGAAUACAACUACGGACCAAAUUGUUUUUGCUGAUGAUUAUCAUAAUGAGAACUGUCUUCAACAUUGGCUUCUAUCAUUGAUCCAUUGUAUAAAUGCUCUACUUGUGAAACAAGUGUGACCUUUCAUCCACAGCUACUCCGUAUGACACUACAGUGUCCAAGCAUAUUAAUCACAUGACAUAAGUUACCAGUGCAGGACAGGAUUUCAUUUUAUGACAUUGUGUGCACACAUUUAUGACAUUUUUUAUCACUUCAGUUUGAGUACCAAUCAAAACCAUUAUUGUUCUGAUUUAGCGUAUAUUGAGGAAAUCAACCAUCUCUUUGAGCAUUGAACUGUUUUAGCACUAGAAGUUCUGACUGUUUCUACUUACCUAGACAUACUUGGUACAGGCGGCCUGUGGUCUGUGGCGGUUCAAUUUGCUGUGUAUUCACUCCCCUUCGGUGCCAGGAUCCCCUGGUCUUGGUUCAAAUCUCACUUUUGCCCAAAUUAUUAUUACAAAACAGUUUAAACAAUACCUUUUUGACAAUCUCCAACAUUAAGCUGACGUCCUAUGAUUGACUUUAAUAUGGUUAAAAGUAUUCUUUAACUUGUUACAUCUGGUUGAUAAAACAUGAAUGAUUUUACUGUCAGUGUCUGACUGCUAUAUCAUAUCAUUGGUCAGUGUUUCUGGGCCAAAUCUUGCAAGUUCAAUUGAAUUGGGAUAUGACAGAACUUGUUCCCUGAAGCUUCAUAUGAAGUUACUGUCAAAUAGAUGGUUUAGAUCUUACAUAUUUCUUUGCUUGAUUUACGAAUUUACUGACCUUAAAAAUAGAAAAUUCAAAAAAUAAAAAUAAAUCAAAUCAGAAAGACGAGAAAAAAAAGUUCAUUACUCUGACAGUCAAGAUCACUUUGACAAUGCAAAUGACAUUGUAAUGCUGCUGGAGUAUUUUACAUCUAUAAUUUAUGAAUAACCCCAAAGUAGGCCAAGAUUUAUAAAAAAGAAUUUAACUCCUGUCCAAUGCAUUAUAUUUCCCCACUGACCAAAGUUUUCACUAUAAAAAGUGUGUAAAUCAAUAACAGAAAAGUCUGGCCUUUGAACAGAUAAUUGCUAGCUAGGUCUGAUGAUUAAAACAAUCUGUACAUUGUUAAUUGGCUUCAUGAGUGUGGGCAUGGCACGUCAACACCACAUGGCAUGUAUGUAAUUGUACGUAGAAAUUGCUGGAGGAUUAGCAGUAGCCCCUGAAAUAUCCCAGUGGUAUCAGCAAAGGAUAUGGGUGACAUUGAGGUGAGGACCAGUAGGUAACACCUCAUAAAUCCAGACCCUGUUAGUCCAAACACCUUGCCUUCUGUGUGAUCUUUUGAGAACAUUGAUAUAUACUACUCAAAAUAAGUUAAAGGACACCCACAAUUGGAAGGCUGUAUGUUGCAAUAACCACCAGCCAUGACAGAUUAACUACAGCCAUAUGAAAAAAUCGGGCAUUCUUUAACUUCUUUCGAGAAGUAUAUUUCGAAGUUACUAGUAAUAAUAAAUCUGGACAACUGUUUACUUUCUUACCAACAUUUGUCAGGCACAAAUUUCAGGUUAUAGUCUCAUGCAUAUUGGUAGGCUCUUUCAUAUGCCAGGGCCAGUUGCAAGUGAAGAGUUGAAACGUUUAUACUUUUAUUUGGAACAAGGUGCUUUGUCAAACAUUGGUUAUAUGAGGUAGUUUUCAAUACAUAAGCUCGAAAUGCUUACAUAUCCCAGAACCGUGUACCCGGUCCCAUUCCACAAUGCUAUCUUUGCGCUACAACUGUCAAGCUCACAUCCUUUAACAUUGACUUAUGACGCCUGUAGCACAAAGAUCACUUUGUCGAACAGAGUCCUGCACCAAGGGUUCAAGAUUUCAUUUAAUUGUUGACAUCUCUACUUAUCGUAUGUUUCCCCCCAGUAUGUCCCUGCCUUUUAUAUGUAUCUUCUCCAGUUUGUUUGCUUUUGUGAUGGAGUUGUCUGCCCUUUGCGUUGUUGCCUGUGGUCGCUGAGCGCGUUAGUGCUCAUCUUUUAUAUGCAGAUCAAGCAUCUGUCAAAUGUCGGAAUAAAACCAUAAAAUAAA